AAAUCCGAUGUUUGGUCAUAUCAGUGAAUCAAAUUGUUAAAAUUAAUGUAAAUUUUCGAUGAAUACAUCUGACAUACAUUACUUCUUUGUAAUAGGCAAGUAAAGGGAAGUCAUUAUGAAUUUGCCAUGUUCUGAAAAUUUCAAUUUAAAUACAGGUUACAUCCAUGCUAGGCCUCCAAUCCAUCAAACUCUACAGUUUCCUUUAAAUCAGGUUUUAUUAUUUCACAUCACUCAGAAAAAACAGCCUUUUUGUCUCGAUCCUCCCAACUAAACCUUAAACAUAAUGCCUUAAUUGUCAUAAAGGAACAGCGGAAGUUCUGGCAGAUUCAAAAUAAUUUUAUAUAUUUGCCCAAAAUAAGAGCAAUAAAAAUACAGAAUUUGUUUAAUCAAUUAGCAGGAUAUUUUUUAUUAUAUCAUAAGAGGCUAAUCAGGAAUUUUUCCAAUAGAAAUCCAACUUUUUUAAGAUUUUUAGGUUUUACCGGUUAAGCUCAGAUUUUGUUAAAAAUUAAUUUUUGAAUACCAAUAUUACAGGCCCCUUCUGAUCGAAAUGAUUAGCACCAGAACUGCAUAUAUAAGCAUCAACAUCUUGAACUGCACAGGAAGUGUGGACCACAUGAGAAAGGUCGAAGAAAGACAUGGGGGAAGGAAACAUGUUUUUUUAGGGGGGUUGUAUGAUGAAUGGAUUUUCUUGUGAUCUUGGUGAUAAGGUCAAAUUUCUCCGCUAACUGUUUUAUGAGGCAUCGGAAUGACAGCUGUUUUGGGAAUGCCAUUCCCAGAAGUAGCCGGUCAGUUAGAGAUAUGGUGCAUGCAGAGCAGAUUUGCAUGGCGGCACUCGAUCUGGUUAGAAGUUGAACUUCUGUUACUUCUAGCAAUAUUUCCCCCCUGAGCAGAAAACAAUGCACUGAUUAGCCCAGAUUGAAAUAUCAUCUUGUCUCCUUUACAAAUUAAAUUCAUAUCAUGCAUGUUUAUAUUGUGAACGUCUUUAUUGGAGGAAGUUGAUUAGAAUUAUAAUGUAAAGUAUGAUGGUCAUUGAUCCAAAUUUUUGAUGUGAAAUUGAAAGGACUUUGUUUUGAAAUGCGCCAUGAUUAAUUAUGAUUAAAGGUACACCUGACAUACCUGGACCUUAUGAACUUACCUGUAUUAAUUUUGAAUUUUGUGACAAUAAGAGGCAUGUGGUGCAUUUUAUUCAUGUUUAUAUUCCCCAUCCAUUGUUAGUGAAAAGUUGCUGGUUAAAAUUUUUUUUUUUAAAUUGUCGUAAUAAAAUUUCUGUUUUUGAUACUUUGCAGCGAUAUGACUAUUUGUAGAGUUUCAGUGGGUCAUUUUUAGUUUUUCAUUUAUCGAUCUGAUCCACAGGUUUAGUUAUUGAUAUAUAAUUUCAAAAAAUAAUUAUAAAACACAUAAGGAUUAUUCCUAUGGAAAAGUUUAAAGCAUAGGUCAUAAUGGAGAGAGUGAUAGAUGUUAAUUUAAGUCUAUGGAUACUCCCUUAAUUAGCAGAUUUUUGGAAUCUUAAAAUGAAAUAUAGUCUAAAGCUGAAAAAAGUCUCAUUCCUGAGUAUAUCAAUAUAUUUUAGAACUACACAGGAAAUAGAAUGAAUUAAACUUCUUUAUAAAAACAAAAGGUAAUAAAAACAUGAACACUCUUCUUUUUUAACAGCCCUCGUAGUAUUUACAUUUGCCAAAAAAUUAAGGGUAUAAGCGGCCCUCCCCUCACUGCCCCCUUUUUUUCCACAUCCCUUGAUUCAAAAUUGAAUGAAAAGAGAAAGCCUCUUUCAUUUGUCCAUCUUUCCAUCAUGUCAUUCGAAAAUUUGGAGCAUUAUGAUCUAUAUCCAAUAAUGUUCAAGGGCUCUCCAUGAGUUGUAAAUGUGUGCCAUAAUUACAGCUCCAAGGUGUUUGUGUGUAUAGAACCUCCCUGUUCAGAGUGAAUGAUCUGUAACCGCUUCUGUCUAUUCUACCUACUGGGUAGUUGGCUUUUUAGACAUUGUACAGAUAGGUCUAGAUAGGUGGUAUACACUGUUCAAAAAUCUAGAUAACAUUCAGAUCUGCCCUACAACAAAGAGAGGUAUAGUUCAGCUCUGGUGGUGGCUCGAGGUAUCUUCUUAUUGUCUAAGACAAAAGCCGGCGAUUUGUGUCUCACAAGUCUUUGUCCUUCUGUAAGAAGCAAACCUUUUGAUCCUUUGGGGGCUUAUUGUUCAAACUCCAGCUGGAGAUGGUAUUGUGUAUUGGAAAAACCUGUAAAAGAAUGGAAUUUGGUCAAACGUAGUUAGAAACUAAAUGAAUAAGAGGCGUAAUCUGGAAAAUUCCUUUGACAUUUUUUCAUGGCUGUUACCUUUACAAUUUAUUAUUAUAUAGGCACGUGCAGUCUUAAUUUUGUGAACCUGGACACAUUCUGAAAAUACUGGACUAUUUUUUGUUUUUUUAUUAAUUUUAUGAAUUUGUUCCAGUUUGGAAACUUGCUAUGCAUGGGACUAAAGUGCAGACAAUUUGUCAUCUGAAAUUGCAUUGGACAUUUUAGAAAGCAUAUGAGACACAUGCAUAAUUUAUGGAGUGAUGGUGGUUCAACAGAUCACAGGCCAUAAUGUCCAGCCAGGGCCGAGAAUCCAGCAAUGGGAUAUCUGCUAAAGCAAGCAACCCUGACACCAAAAAAUCCAAAGAUGCUGCAUCUGGGCCUGAUGCUGACUCGUCUUCAAAGACCAGGCGUCCGACAAACGUCAUCCGCCCGCCGAGCAAUCUUCCGCGAGUGGAUGAGGAGCCAACCACAUCGGACCAAACACGGGAGGUUGAGACUGUUGACCGGGGGGUGGGGCCCACCCCACUGCCUCCCCCAAUAGACCCCAGACUCCAUCAGCAGAGUCCUUACUAUGGUGUCCAGCCCUUGUUAGACCCUAGAAAUGGAUUGCUGGAUUAUCCUUAUGGUAAUCUUCCUUACUAUGGCUUCAACAUUAAUCCCUAUAGAUACUACAACAUCCCUUACCCCAUCAACAACCCAAUACCACUGAACUCGCACACACUGGAGGGGCGAUAUCAGUGGCCUCAGCCUGGGCCAUAUCAUCAACCUAUGCCCCCUGGCAUUCCUCACAGUCCCCUGUCGGAUGUUCCAGGUCUCAGCUUACGCAGCCCUUUAUCACGAGAACCAGUCACCAACCUAGCGGCCCGCAUUCACUGGGAGCAGCUUCACAGGAACUAUUUCCAGCAGAGUCCUCACUCACAGCGACGAUACAGUCCGUCUAGCUUACCAGGUUUUCCAUUAGGAGGCCCGGGGUCCCUUUAUGGUGAUUAUUCCCCUAGUCAUGUUUCACACAGUGGGAGAAGCAUGUUUGGGGACAUUCCUCCCACCCCAGGCAGUGGAAGUAUAACCCUUCCUGGAUCUUUGGAAAGUUCGCGUCUUACGAGCCCCAGACCUAGCAUUGUGGGCCGAAGUAGGAAGCGAGCUCUGUCCCACUCACCGAUCUCGGACUUCUUGGAUAUUCAGAGUCUAACUCGAAGCUCUGAGGGGUCGCUACAGUUUCCUCCCUUCAACCUGAGUACUCAUAAUUCCCGGAGCUCCAGCGCUGCCAGUGGCUCCUAUGGCCAUUUGUCUGCAGCGUCCCUGGGGGCAGUUAGUCCUGCCCAUCAACCACAGCUUCCUUACUUCAGGCCCCCUGCUGGCAGUAUGCAGGGCUCACCAUUUAUGCAUCCCAUGAUGCAGCAGUCAAUGAUGCCACCUGGUAAUCGGAUGCACCAAGGUGGGCCUAUGGGGGUACCUCCCUCAUCGCAGACCUCACUGCCUCCCCAGCAGCCCUCGGGGAAAGUGGACCACUCACAGUCACAGAUUUCGACAACGACGAAGGAAGCUGGCAGUAGUGUGGUCAGUAGUACUGUAGAUCCCAAUCCCAUAGAGAUCAAAAGGUCAAAGAUCAAGAAAGAGGCAGAAUCCCACCACGGAUCCCAUCGAGACCUUCGAGGUGUGGACGAUGAUGACGAGAAGCCAACUAUCGACUCUCAGGGGAAACACAUCCCGGUGGAAGGAGAACCAGACUUUGUGGAGACCAACUGUCACUGGGAAAACUGUUCCCUGGAGUUCCCAACUCAAGAUGACCUAGUUAAGCAUAUAAAUAUAGAUCACAUACAAGCCAACAAGAAGAUGUUCAUCUGUCGCUGGAAGGAAUGCAGUCGGGAGGAGAAACCGUUCAAGGCUCAAUACAUGUUGGUGGUGCACAUGAGGCGCCACACAGGGGAGAAACCUCACAAGUGCACAUUUGAAGGCUGCUCAAAGGCGUACUCUCGGCUGGAGAAUUUGAAGACUCAUCUCAGAUCUCACACUGGAGAGAAGCCGUACAUGUGCGAGUUUCCUGGCUGUACGAAAGCCUUCAGCAAUGCCUCAGACAGGGCCAAGCAUCAAAACAGAACGCAUUCUAAUGCUAAACCCUAUGUGUGUAAGGCCCCGGGCUGUACGAAGCGUUACACCGAUCCCAGCUCGCUCAGGAAGCACGUGAAGACCGUCCAUGGUCCGGAGUUUUAUGCCAACAAGAAACAUAAAGGUGAUGGUACGUGUAAACAGGAGAGGAGAGAGGAAGGAGACCAGGAUACUGACAGAAAAGAUGACAGUCACAAGAAGGUAGAGGAAUGUCUGACAGUCACGCCCCUACACACAGGGGGAGGAGAGAGACGCCAGUCUCAGGACAGUGUGGGAGGGGGCGGGGUCGGACCCCACCAUCACUCCUCCCCAGACAGCAGUCCCGAGGUGAAUGUCACCUGUAACAACCAACCUGAUCUCAUUGAUGACCACACCUCUCACAUGAUUGACAGGCACGGAGACUUAGAGGAGGAGGAAGACAUUCCAGAGCCAGAGGAUGUUGAGAUUCAUGGGACUACCGCGGUUAUAGCAAGAACUAACAGGAUAAACACAUCUAGAACUCUGCAGCAAAAGUUGAAGAGUCUACCUGGCAAAACAGCUCUACCUCAAAUAUCCACAUCAGGUAACCAGCAGUGCACCCAGUCUCCCUUCACUGACCUCAAUACAAAAGGACUGCACCUCAAAAACCCGCAGAUCAAACGCCUAACUCAAGAUCUCACCGGUCGUAAUGAAUUGGUUCCAGGAAACAUUUAUGGUGUUGGGCGUCGGGACAGCAACACAAGCACACUGAGUUCAUACAUGUCCAGCAUGCGCUCUGAGUCCAGCCCUUUCAUGCCAGGCAGCAAGUUCUCCAGCAGACGUUCUAGUGAGGCCUCCCAGAUAUCAGCCAGACUCAGCAUUACAAACUCGCCUUAUGAGUACGAUAUCACUGGGAAUAUCCCCAUGCAUGGAAACGUGCCCGGACACAGUCGGCGCUCAAGUGAAUCUAGUAACAGUAACAUCAGCAAUAUGGCUGCUCAGUUCUCUAAAACUCACUUGGGAAGCCAACCGAACCUUAUCGUGCAAUCUCAAGCUAUUACGCUACGCAGCCCACAGAGCAAAUCCCGCGAGCGAGUGCAGCGGUAUUUGUCAGCUAGACACGACAUGGAUGGAGUCAGGACGUGUACACCUUGUAGGACACCUCUGCCGCAUGAAAUUCCCAACCAGGAGAGGAGGAGGGCUAGUGAUCCCGUGAGAACAUUGGAUCCCAACUUCAGUGCACUUAAACGUCUGCAGAGGUUCCACAGCCUCAAUGUGAUGAAACCUUUACCUGUGCCCCAAAGCAUGAAGUCUUUACUUACAAAAACAGACUCAAAUUGCACUUUCAAUUCAUCGAGGAGUAGCAUAGCUACAGACAAUAGUGUGCAAGAAAAUGAUGAAUAUGAAAACGGAGUGGAGUUGGACACCGAGAUGGAGCUGCUAGAAAAGAUGAUCAACGACAAUGAGGACAUGUUGAUACCAGACGACAUGCAGCGCUUCCUCAAUGAACAUUACUACCAUGUGGAUGGAUCAUUGGCAGACACAGAGGUGGCAGCUUCCUCCAGGGCGAGUAUUCUCACUCAGGAUAUGAACCAGGCCACUCCUCUCCCAGGUGAUAUGGACGCCAACAUGCAGGUCAAUGGUGGUUACUAUGGCAACCACCCCGGUCAUCAGGAAAUGAUGUACAACAACGCAAACGGCAUGCAACAAUAUAACAACACAAGGCCGCAGAUGUGUGGUGAUGUGAAUCAAAACAAUAUGCAACAAAAUAUGAUGCAAACUAUGCAACACCAAAAUAUGCAAAUGAUGGGUGGUAAUAUGCAGAUGAACUCUAUGUGUAAUCAAGGAUACAGUGGUUCACAAGGAAUGCAAGGAAAUGUUCAGAAUCUACCUCAAGGUUCAAAUAUGAUGCAUAUGCCUCAUCCUCCUAGUUAUGAUAAUGGCUCUUCCAUGUCUUCCAAUGGAGCAGUGCCCCACCCACCUAAUGUUCCCAUGCCUCAUCCUCCAAAUGGUCCCAUGUCAAAUAGCCCAAAUAUUCAUUUACAACAUCGAAAGGUAUCACAAACUUCACCCCAAAAUCAAAUGUACCCAACUAUGCAACAGAAUAUGAACCCUCAAAUGAUGCGAAUGAACAUGAAUCAAAAUAUGAACAUGAACCAGUGGAAUUCUAUGAACAGUACAAACCAAGCCAUGCCUAAUCAACAAUUCAUGAAUAACCCCCUAUCAUCCCCUACAAAUAUGCCUCAUCCCCCAAACAUGCCUAAAGUGUUGCCCCAGAAUGCAAUGCAACAGAUGGGUGGCAUGAUGCACCAGCCUCAACCUCCAGUCAACAAACGAGAGUCAGAGAGCCCCCAAGUCCAGGUGCCACACAUAAGUACCUCCCACAUUCCUCCGCGGGCCAAGGGCAGAAACCAGAUGGUGAUGCGCCAACAUCAUCAACAGAUGUACGGCAACCAACCACAGCCACAUCAGCAGCAGCAGCAGCUCAUGUACAACCAGAACCAGUCAGGCAACAUGAUGCCCCAACCACCAGGUCCACAGAUGUACCCCCAGAAUUCUCCCAACAUGAUGUACAGGCAAAACAUGAACAUGGAACCACAAAUGCCCAAUGGGCAACCAACACAAAACCAGCUCAUGCCUCAGCCUGCUUACCCAACACAGAUGGAAAUGUCUCCUGGAUGUAACCAGGUCACUAGUUCCACUGACAGAAAAGAACCCCAACCCCCUCCCCCACCCCAGCAACCCCCACCCCCGAUCAUCGAGGAAUUCAUGGAGAAUAUCAACUCGAUCUCCUCAGAGAAUCUGUUGGACAACAUGAGUUCUAUAUCGGACAUGUGCACACCGACUGCUAUGAGCCUCCGCUCAGCUUCCCAGUCCUCACUGAGGUAUAAUCCCUCGAUAAUGAACUCAAACAACAUGGUAGUGAAUGAUAUGAGCUCUGUGCUCACACAGCUAGCGGAGGAGAAUAAAUACCUAAACAUGAGGCAUUGAUGAUGGGCUGAAAUGUAAAGAGCCAGGAAUUUUGACUGAAUAGAAACGGAAUACUUGGUAUUCACUUGUAACUGAAUGGAAAGGAAAAUUUCAACUUGAUUGAAAAGAAAGGGAAUUUCAACUGAAUUGAAGUGGAAAUUUCUUCACAUCAGUUGAACGGAAUGCAAAGUUUAAAUGAAAACAAGAGAAAAGCAGAUAUUUCCACAUCAAAGGAGGAGAAAACAAAAUAUUUUACUCUCAAUUGAAGAGAAAGAUACAUAGUGAGAAAAAUGUACUCAAGUCAGGGUUUACAAGAUUGAAAGAUGUGUUUUAAUGUGUUAACGAGACUAGGAAAGUUGUGUUGUUGAAUGUUGAUAAAAAAAAAACAGGAUUGAAAGAUGAAAUCUUUCUCCAUUUCAUAUCUAAUUUUUACUGGAUUCUGAAAAAUGGUGACAGGACAUUCGAAGACUUUGCUUUGUGAAAAUGAAAGUCAUGUUAGGAUGAAAAUCAUAGUGCUAUCAUUUAAAUUUAGUGCUGAUUUGUUAUUAAUAAUGUUUGUGUGAGAUGAAACUCAAGGAAGUGCCAAGAAAAAAAACCCUGUUUUACAUGUAUAGUGCUAUACAUUUUGAUCGUUAGACUUUCUCAAGGGAAGUAACUCUGUAGAGCAUUUGAUGCAUGAGAGAAAAAUUGUUUUACUCUGAGAUAAAUAACAAACUGGUGUUGGUGCUGAAUAAGAUUCAAGUCUUCCUUCAAUUUGUA